GAGAGGAGACGAGAGCAAGGAUGCAGGCGGUGGUGGCGCACGUGUACGACGUGACGAACAGCCCGUCGGCGAAGACGAACAACACCGUUACCAGGAUCAACUGCAUCUUCAAGGAUUGCAUCGGCCUCGGCGGCAUCUUCCACAGCGCCAUCCAGGUUUAUGGAGCUCACGAAUGGUCAUUCGGGUAUCGGGAACGAGGGAGUGGAGUUUUCCAUUGUUCACCGGGUCAAAAUCAGUGUUACACCUAUCGUCAAAGUAUUGUUUUAGGAGAAACACACUGCUCCCAGUAUGAGGUAAAUAAGAUUCUGAGAGAACUUAUCCGAGCCUGGACUGGAGAUUCAUAUGAUCCUCUAGCCAAGAACUGCAAUCAUUUUUCUGAUGCCUUCUGUGAGAAACUUGGUGUCCGGAAACUUCCAGGAUGGGUCAAUCGAUUUGCCAAUACCGGCAACAGUGCCAUGGGAAUCACACAAAGUACAGCAUCUCGUCUGAGGCAAGCAAAAGCAGAAAUUGGAAGUGCCAUCAAAGUGGCAUCAAGAUUUAUCUCUGGACGAGCCUCAAAUUCUCCGAGGAAACCAAAAUCGCAAAGCAAUCGGAAUCAAGGCAGCCCUCAUGAUAUGACUUCAAGGUUAAAACACAUGAUUUCCUUUUGUAGCACUUCACAGAUUCCAGAUGAGACCGCCGACCCUCCAAAAUCAUCAUAG